GUGUAUGUGACACAGCCUUACUCCAUAGAGGUGAAGGCACAAGUAUGUGGUAACCACCAGAUAUCUCGGAUCGUCUCCCACACUGACCCACUCAACGUGACCCUGACUGAUGAUGCCAUGUCUGCCCAGGUGAGCCAGGACGGAGGGUUCAGCUGCGACCACGGCUGGAGCAUGCUGGUGUACUACAGGAGUGCCUAACGGCCCCACCUGUUGCGGGAGACCGGUGAACGCUCUGCCACUGGGAUCAUGAAGGAUGACCUGCUCAUGCUGAACCUCUUCCCAGAGGUGCCCACCAACACCUACUCCAGCAGGAAUGAGAUUAUCUUUGUCAUCGACCGCUCAGGAAGCAUGCAUGGGGAAAAGAUAGAGAGUGCCCGGGCAACACUUCUUCUGUUCCUGAAGAGUCUGCCUCUGGGUUGCCUCUUCAACAUUGUCAGCUUCGGCUCAUCCUUCUCAGUGCUCUUCAAGAAGGGGAGUCGUGUGUACUCAGAGGCAACGCUGCGUGAGGCAUGCCAGCUGCAGGCCGCGAUGAAAGCCGACAUGGGGGGCACAGAAAUCCUGGCGCCACUCAAGGACAUCUAUGACAAGCCACCCAUACCUGGCUACUCAUGACAGAUUUAAGGUACAUGUCGCAUUCUUACUCACAGCAGCAGCGUGAUUUGUCCGAGAGGGAAAAACAAAGAAAAGAAAAUGUGAAAAAUGUUAAAAAUAUAUCUUUCAAGAGAAAGAAAAAUUAAAAACGUGAAAAUGUGAAUAAAAGUAAAAAAUAAAGAAGAAAAAUAAGAUAUUGUAAUACAAUUAUGUAUGUGUGUGAAAACCGUAACGUAAAAAAUAAAACAGAAAAAAGGAAAUAAAAAAAAAUAGUAAAAUGAUGUAUAUCAAUGGGAAAAACGGAACUUGAAAAGG